AUGGCGAUCCCCAGCAGGAAAGACUUCUUCGCAGAUCUCAUACAACACGACUGCCCGAUCUGCUACGCGAGAGUUGUCGGCCCAGUUCAAACAACGUGUAGCCACAUCUUCUGCGCCAAGUGUGCGACAAAAUGGUUCGAGACCUCGAAUACAUGCCCUGCCUGUCGUAAGGUCCUGUAUGAGAAGGAGAUGGCAGAGCAGGACGAGGACGAGGACGACGAGGAGAGCGACGAGGGAGAAGAUAGUGAUGAGGACCCGCAGCUUUUCGAUACCUUGUGGGAUCUGCUGGAGACUGAAGACAGAGAAGCGGAGGAGUCUUCAUCACUACCAGCUUCUAGCGGCCGGCUGAGGGAUGGUCACGAGAAUCAUCGACUCCUUGGGACCAUCAGCGAUGCUGCACAACCCAGACGCCAAGUCCCGCUGGAAGACACUUUCAGCAGACGUAUCACCGUACUCGCCCAUGCGACCGCUGCAAGCUCACUCCAAUCGCCAGCAGUGUCGUCCAGCAGACUCCAGAGUGAUCAUGCAGCCACGAACUCUUUCCAGUGGCCUCUAGCGUUCGACUACACAUCUGGAGAUGGUUCUCCGGCCGCGGCCCCGAGUACAAUCGCAAAUUCGUCCACUUCACCGCCCACGCUCGAGGCCUUGCAGGGGAGAUUACCUGAGGACGCUACACAGCCAGCGCAGUCCAGCUGCACAUUACUCUCAUACAUCUGCGAGGACAUGUUCGUCACACAAUCGUGGCAACGGCCAAGAUACGUAACACUGUCGGUGGCUAACGUACACAUCCAUGCAAGACCAGCGUUCUCCGAAGCCAGCGAGUUGAGCUUCGAGAAGUUCGUAUCACGUCUGCGCUAUCAUGGCAUAAGAGUCGGACCACUAGAGGAAGUCGUGCUCAAUGGAUAUGAGGUUUCGGACCAGGUGACGUUCGAAAGAGUCAUCGAGAGGGCGACAAAAGCUGAAAUGCAACGGCAGCGGCCAGUAGACCCGAACUCUGGCGGGCCGACCAUCGUGCUCGAGUGUAGGGCGCUUCUACAACCUGGAAUUUGGCGAGAAUGUGACCGUGAGCCUGAUGCUUGGAAGGAAUCGAGAUCUGGGACUGAUUGA